UUCGUCCGUAGAUGAAGCUUAGUUUCUCUCGAGACGCGGAAGGAAGUGGGUGCGUACGUCCCUCGCGCUCUCGGUGAUGGUCUGUGACUUGGCUCGUGCGUAGGGCUUCGUGACCGGCGUCGUGUUCUUUUUUCUUUCUUUCUUUCUUCCUCUUCCUUAAAGUUCGUGUCUCUUUCACACUAAAUCCGAUGUGAUGCAGCCGCAGGAAGGAACGAUGAGGGUGAAGAUCUGCAGCAUGGCCCAGCAAGCGGCCCUCGUGUGCGGCGUAAUGACGGCCUUCGCGCUGGUCUUCCACAACCUGGCGCAGGACACGGCCGAUACCAGAGCGGCCAGUCCUCGCCUCUCGCCUGUCCAGGGUUGGCCCGAGAGAGCCCCCCGCUCCCUCGGCAGGGACUACGAGCUGCCAGGGGGCGAGAACACCCUGCAGGAGGGCGAGGGCCAGACGGGGACGAGGGCUGAGGACCUCCUCGCGGCCGACGGAGGCGACGACGAAGAGGAGCGAAGGAAGGGCCUCCUGAACGCCCUCGUCGCCACCGCCACGGCCAAGCCCACCACCUCCCUCGACGACAUCUUCAUCAGCGUCAAGACCACCAAGAUAUUCCACAAGGAGAGGCUCGAAAUCAUCCUCAGGACGUGGUUCAAGCUCGCGCCCCACCAGACUUGGUUUUUCACGGACGAUGACGAUGCCGAAUACCAGAGAAAAACAGGCGGUCACCUCAUCAACACCAACUGCUCAGCGUCGCACAGGAGGACUGCGCUCUGUUGCAAGAUGGCCAGGGAGUUCGAUGCCUUCCUGGAGAGCAACAAGAGAUGGUGGUGCCACUUCGACGACGACAACUACGUGAACGUCCCCCAGCUGGUGAGGACCCUCGGGGACUACGACCCGACGCAGGACUGGUACCUCGGCAAGAACUCCAUCCGCGCGCCGCUGGAAAUCAUCAAUAGAGAUAACGUUUCGCAACGGAUUUCCUUCUGGUUUGCAACAGGAGGCGCUGGAUUCUGCAUCUCCCGAUCUCUUGGUCUGAAGAUGAUGCCUGUUGCAGGUGGCGGGAAAUUCGUUAGUGUCGGAGAUAAAAUCCGUCUUCCUGAUGACGUCACCAUCGGCUACGUUGUCGAGCACGUACUGCGGAGAAAACUGACAGUUCUGGACGAGUUUCAUUCACAUCUCGAGUCCAUGAAACUUCUCAACACAGACAACCUGGCUAGUCAGAUCAGCCUGAGCUACUCCAAGCACCCGCGGGGGAAGAUGAACGCUCUGCCCAUCGACGGCCUCGACACCUACCAGGACCCAACCAGAUUUCUCUCCAUCCACUGUCGACUCUUUGGUGACGCCCCUUAUUGCCCCAAGUAGCAACUGAAGAAGGCGCUGAAGGAAGAGUAAAGGCAGUAGAAAGAAUCAUAUGUGUAAACCGUUAAGGCCUACAUUUUGCAACACAAAAACCGAGUGCUAUAAUCUCAACUAACGUGCUGUGAUAUACUCUGAAAGUGGCUUCUGGGUCGCUUUCCUGUGUAGAUAAUCAGACCAUUUCUCUGUGUUUUUUUUUAUUCAUUUAAUUUUUAUUAUCUUUUUUUUUAUUAUUAUCUAUGAUUUUUUUUUUUUUUUUUUUUUUUUUUUUUUUACGUGUGUGUAAUAAGGAAAUGAGGAAUGAGUCUGAUGUAGUUAUUUUCACUUUUAUUUUAUUUUAUUUUCGGGACGACGAUGCAUAUAUAUAUAUCUUUAUUUUGUGUUUCGAUGUUUGUGGUUGGACAAAAUCGCGACGUAGCUUUUGUCCUGUGUUGGAUAAAGGAAAAAAAAAGGAUUCGAUUUUAUUCGGUACUUUCAUCAGUAGUUGUAAAAAUGUCUCUGCAAUAUUGUAUUUACCUUUU